GGGAAAACAAGGCGUACUUCGGUGGAGGAGCAAGUCGUAGCUCGAGGAGCUAAGGGAGGAAGAGAGACACGGCGAGAGAGAUAGAUGGAGAGAGCGAGGGAGUGAUCAAGAUAGGAACUAAUUUGUGCUGUUGCAGUUCUCCGAAUUCUGCAACUUCUGAUCGUGCGCGCACCUUUGAUUCAGAGAACCGGAGGCGCCGUAAAAUGCAUUUCGGGCUUCAACUGUGUUUUCUUGAUGCGUCCGGUGGCUGGAGCAGGAAUACAGGCUGCUGGGAUUGCGCCUCUGUUUGCUUGUGUCUAAUUCUUGUAGCAGAUUCUCCCGCGGAGGCGUUGCGGAAUUCGGUGCUGGAGGUAUGGUGAUCACAUUUUUCUCUGAUAGACGAAAAAUGCAGAGGCAGAGUUCCUUCAAUUUCAACUGUAACACGGAUGGGGAACAUGAUGGCGAGUUUUACGUUAGUAAGUCGCACGAAUCUUAGUGAGCGCUGAUACAAAAGCACCUUCAAUAUGUGCCUGCCUGCCUCUCACGGAUGACAGUGGUUCCAAUUCCCGUCUUCUAGGUUAGCCAUGGCGAGAAGAGAAGGGACCGGAAGGGGACGGUUAUUGCCAAGACAAGAGCGGGGCAGUGGCGAGUGCUCUACAUCUGUGGAGUCUUCCUCGCGAAUCUCUUGCGUUAUGCCGUUCCCAAACGCCUCUGCAGUGGGUACAUCCACGCAGUGGAGGAAGGGAAAGAAUAAUUCUUCUUGGCAGCAUGACCCUGACGACUGCACCCGUGAUAGCUGUUAUGAUGACAGAAGAAAAAAAGUUACUCCGAAAAAUACUAGUGCUGAUACUAGUACUAAACCGCUUUUGGAAGCAUAUAGUAACGGGUCAUGGUGGGAUGUCGAAAUUUUGAAGAAGAAUCGUGAUAAAUACUACGUCCAUUAUGUGAAAUUUGGCAACCAAAUUGUUCAGUGGGUACCUUUUGGCCAUCUCCGAAUGCGGUCGAGGACUUCACAAUUGUUGGACUGUGAUGGGAUCAAACCUGGGGUUGACGUGUGCGUGAUGAGUCAACAUCCGCAUGCGAACGAAAGCUCACGGGCGUGGUACGAUGCAAAGGUAGUCGACGUGACCAGAAAGCAACAUACCCCCAAAACAUGCAAGUGCUUCUUCCAGAUAGCCCUCUACACCAUACCAACAACUCUUCCAUGUAAUCAUAGAGAGAGACUACUUUUGCCAAAUUAUGCAAAACCUGUAGGUCUAGGAGAAAUGCAUAUUAUGAGGGAAGCAAGGGGUAUAACUUUUCAACAAGUUGUUUCAGCCUCUUUACCCAGCGUGACAAACAUUCCUAGGGUUUGGGCGAAGGAUGGAAUACUUUGGUGCUCCUCUUUUUGUGAUUACAGUGACACAUCCAGGCGCCGUAGUUUGUCCUUCGAGAGCAGAGUAGCUGGAGGGAACUCAGGCCCAUCACUUUCUCAGGGCCCUGAAGAACCUACAUCGGUUCCAGGCUCACUGCCUUUGGUGUCUUUUGACUCUUUUCUCGCAGAGGAAGGCAUCAUACUUUCUGAUGGGAAGGAUGAAGAUGAUCUUAUUGUUUCGCCAGUGCCCAACUCUUAUGCUCCCAUUCCAGCAUCAGGGGGUGAAGUAAGUGAUGAGGAUGAUGUGAUUCUUUUGUCAGGGAACAGCUUCCAUGCGCCCGUUCCACCGUCAAGAGAUGGAGUCAAGCCUUUUCCCGUGCUUAAUGCUUCCAAAACGCAACCUAUUGUCUUUGAUAUCAAUGACGAAACAGAUGUUGAAGAAGUAGUUCCUAAGACGAUUCCUCAAAAAGAGGAUACGACUGAAAUGCCUGACUUUGCAUUUAUAGAGAGAUACUCUAGCGAUGAAAUGGAACAAAGUUCUGAGAAGCUGGAAGAUGUUUCGAACACCGCUGAGACUUCAGGAAAUUCUGACGAGGACCUGGAUGAAUUGGUAUUAUCUAAAAUUCCUUUCUCAAAACCAGGAGGCCAAAGUCCCCUGAAGCCGAUGUCCGUUACAUCAGAUAUGUCAUCGCCCUUGCCUUCUUUUCGGGAUGUUCCUUUCGGUCCAGAGACCUCCCCGAUUGUUGAACCUGCUACAUUCUCUGAGAAUUCUGACGAACAUGUCAAUGCAGAUUACAUAGAACGAACCAUUGCUGGAAGUCGUGUUGCUAAGCGUCGUUUAGUGAAUAAUCAAACUACGUGUAGGGAAAACCUCAAUCCUCCUUUUACAUCAAGAUUCCAGACUCAAGGAAGGCCCAAAAAGAAACUCCUUUCUCGUGCUGGACAGCAAUGUCCUGAGCAGGGUUGUUUAAAUAAUGCUGUGAAAGAGCAAGUGAAAGUUUAUGCAUCCGAACAGUUUGAAACCCUUGGCAUGGCUCUUAUCAGGCCAUCUGUUAAAGGUGGUAAACGUCUUAAUAACAUUGAUACAAUGGGGGUGAAGGAAUUCGCUGACGAUCUAAAAGGCCACCCCUUGACUGUGAGUCCCGUCAUGCCCGAUAUUCUAGCACGGUCAAAGGAUGGAUCCAAGACUGGCCUUCUUAAGCAGCUGUUACGUCAGACUUGCUUGCCAAAGGCAAAACGGCCGAAGAGAGUUGGUACUAUUGCUGGUCCGAGAAAUGUUGAGAAAGAGAUCACCUACGCUGAGUUAUUCGAGACCGUGGAUCCGGUUCACUGUUAUAUUGCUGAAGAGAAGGUUUCCGAAGCUGAGGGGAUGGGUUUGUCACCUUCAUGGAAUCCCUUGAUGAAUGCGGUGGGUCCAACACUGCUGCAGGAAGUGCAAGAUGAUCCACUUGCAUAUGUAUGGGAAGAAAUGCGUGCUGCACAGGAAAGUUGUAAAAAGGUCAAUGGAGCGAUGGAUGAGAAAUCACCGGAUUCUACCAGUUUGAUUGCUGAAUGUGAAAAUCCCGAUGGAAGUAAAUGUCAGGAGCAUGCUGUCAUAUUUGAUCAAGAAGUUGGGAUCGUCUGUGCAGUGUGUGGAAAUGUUCUUCUAGAAAUAGAGAAUAUGUGGGAGCGUGAUAAUGCUAAAAGGAUUACAGCAACGAAGGACAACGAUGAGGAUAUUUAUGAUGAAAACAUGCUUGCUUCCUGGGAUUUUGAAGACCUCAGUCACAAACAACAGGAUAGUAUCGAAAAAGGCUCAAAUUUUGAAUUGAUUCCUGAGCUUGCCAAGCACAUGCAAAGGCAUCAAAAGCAUGGAUUUCAGUUUUUAUGGCGUAACUUGGCUGGACAGGAUGCUAAUGGAAAUCCCUGUUUUCCACCAAGAGAGCCAGGAGGAUGUGUUAUCUCUCAUGCUCCUGGCACUGGUAAAACUUUUCUGAUCAUCAGCUUCCUGCACAGCUACAUAAAGAAGUACCCACAUUGUCGACCGGUUAUAGUCGCACCAAAGAUCAUGCUGCAGCCAUGGGAGAGAGAAUUCAGGAAAUGGAAUGUGGGUAUUCCUGUGUACAACUUCAAUAAAGCAGCUGAACAAGGGCGAAUAUUUCUUCAACAGCAUGAGGAAGCUGGAGAUGUUCAAUUAAACAGUGGAGGACGAUGGAAGAAGCAGCGGUCCAUGAAUGCCUGUCGCGAGGCAAUGCUCUGGCAAUGGACCAAGACACCAAGCGUUCUAGUCAUAAGUUACUCAAUGUUCGCUUUAAUGACUACACAAGAACGAAUGACGUCCUCCACAGUGAGGACUAUACUCCUAGAGCGUCCCCAUAUUCUGGUGCUUGAUGAAGGUCAUUUUGCUCGAAACAGUCGAGCUCAAAUUCUGAAACCGCUGAUGGCUGUCAAGACUCCACUGCGGAUAAUGUUGUCAGGCACUCUGUUUCAAAACAACUUUGAGGAGCUGUACACGUCCCUUAAUCUUGUGCGGUCUGGAUUCGUAAAAACAUAUGCAAAGGAUGCGGGACUUAAGUUCAAUAUUCAGCAGGGCUGCCAACAUCGUUUGCAGGAAAUUGAACUGAAGGGUGACGAUGAGGUCGAGCACCAUACAGCAGAAUGGAAGGAAAAAGCAGCUAAAGCUGCAGAAGUUCAAGCAAAGAAAUUAUUCAUGGAGGAGGUUGGUAACAAAAUUGACAAAGGACAAAAGGGCGAGCUCUCUCCAGGGAGCUUGGCUCAAGGUCUCGAACAGCUGCGCCGGUUAACUAGUCCCUUUAUACAUCAUUACAAAGGCGGUGUUUUGCGGGACCUUCCUCCACUUCGAGACUUUGCCAUAAUGUUGCAACCUACGGCUUUGCAAGUGAAGUUGGUUCAAAGUGUGACAAGAAGACUGGAGGAUAAGACUAUGCUGGAAAGAGAGUGCUUACUGUCUUUGAUCUGUAUCCAUCCAAGCUUGUUCUUAGAACAUAAUGUUGGAAAAGCCCUCACCGACCUGCUGUCACAAGAGGAGAUGAACGAAGUAGCCACCAAUCGAGACCCUGAAGUAGGAGUGAAGACACGGUUUGUAAUUAACUUAUUGAAUCAGUUAAGAUACGGACAAGAGAAAAUCCUCAUUUUUUGUCAGAAUUUAGUCCCUUUCAUACUUCUAGAAGAGAUGUUGAAAAACGAAUUCGGCUGGGUUCGGGAACAAGAAAUUCUGCAACUUGACGGGAAGGUCGAUCCAGAUGAGAGGCAAAGCAUUAUCGAGAGGUUCAACGAUCGUAAAGGGAAGAUCCGUGUCUUGCUGGCAUCAACCAAAGCCUGUGGGGAAGGCAUCACUCUUACUGGAGCUUCUCGUGUUGUUUUCAUGGAUGUUCUUUGGAACCCUGCUGUGAUACGACAGGCCAUUCAUCGUGCAUUCCGCAUAGGACAGCGCAAUGCUGUGCAUGUUUACAGACUGGUGGCUUCAGGAACUAUGGAAGAAAGUAAAUACCAACGGAUGGUUUCGAAGGACUGGAAAUCUCAAUCUAUUUUCCGUGGAUCCGAUGAGAACAUUAUUGGCGAGGUUCAACACUGUUUCUGGGAAGUUAAGAAACAAACCAGUAAAGACCCCGCGCUCAAUGAGCUCAGGCGACAGGACGAAGCAUUAGAUCAACCAGCAUUCAAACAUAUAUUUAGGCAUGGUGGUCUCUUUGAUGAUGACUAUUCGGAUGAUCCUGAUGGCAGAGGCAUAGAUGCGACAGACUGGUUGCGUGGCAUUGAGGAUUCUGAUUCCUAUGACAUUGACGCAUAUGAUGACAGUGCCGAUGGCGACAAUGACGACUUUGAAAUACUUGAGGAAAUCAUCCUUAGUAAAUUCGUUGAGUGAGAAGGCGGGGAGCAAUUGGACUUCAGCUGCACCAAAUUGGUGGUGUGUAAUGACAUCAAAUGUGAACUUCUGCAUGCUUGAAUUCUACCUGCCAGUCUAGUUGAACUAAAGUCAGAACUAAGCCAGGAAGUUCUCAACUGUGGAUUAUACAAUAAUUCCUGCCGGGUAUUUAGCACACCAUAUGAUUUUGCAUGCACAAGAUACUCAAAAGACAUAACAUUCAGUUGUAUCUCUUUGCUCUUACGGAAUAUUCUAAGAGAAUGUUUUGGCGACCCAAUUUUCAGUAGUUAUUUCAACUGUCAAUACAAUACAUACUAGGAGUUGCAACCUUGGUAUUGA